AUGGUGGCUUUUGGCUAUGCUGCCGGUGGACGCAUGCUCCCUUGUGCAUCUUUGUGCGCGGAUCUGCACCAGCGCGGACUUCCUCCAGCCGAUUUUGACGUGCCUGACAAGAUCGCCUGGGCCAAGAAGCUGGACGAGAACCUGACCGCAGAUUUUACUGACGAUGGCAUUGACUGGACAAGCCAUGCGACUUUUCGUGAGCUCCAUAUUCCCGCUUUCUCUGGAAUGGAUGGCAGUCAAACAUACAUGUACAUGGGUCGCUCACUCUUCAAGGAGAUAGAAAGUUUCGUAUCGGGCUUGAGACACGGCGCUUCGGAUAAGCACAACAAACCUCCAGGUGUUAUUACUGGAACUCCGGGGUCUGGGAAAACCACUGCUCUUGCUACUGUGGCGGGAUAUCUUCGGAAACUUUGGAAGAACACCUCCAAGAAGGUCGUCUUUAUCAAUGGCGAAGAUUUCGUCGACAACCCCUUGAGGACAAUGUGGCUGGCUCUUUUGCUGAGCUACAUAAACGACCUUCCAGCCGAGCUUUCGUACCAGGGGUGGACCUUGAAAGUAUUAGAAUCUUGGAUCCUGUCGAGAUCAGAGCAGCUUUACUUUCUGGUGGACGAGUCCAACGCGUUUGACACCACGCUGAAGAGAAAACUGGGGGCUGCCAGCGCGGAAAGAAGGGACGAGGCUUACCAUUCUAUGAUGACGAUGCAACUGCAGUACGUCGUUGUCUACUGCUCGUCCGUCGGACCUCUGUGGAGGAGCAGAGUAGUGAGCGACAAAAGCCCUCCGUACAUGUUAGUCACAGGUGGUUACAACGCUGAGGAACUGCAAGCAUAUUGCGAACACGAGGUUCGUCUUGCCGGGGAGCUUCAACCGGAGGAGAAUCCGAUUGUGGCGUAUUGCAGGCUUUCCACAAAGCAAGAGCACCGGAAGUUGAAUGCGAAGCGCAUUAAGGUUGAUGGAUCUGAAGAGGAGCUGAAUUUGUCCGACAUGGAGCUCUGCUCGGAAUUCAAAAGUGAGACUGGCUGGGUUCCCAGGCUUGUCGCUCAUUACGGGACCGCGAUGCUACGGAUGACGUACCAGAUGUACGAAACUGGCGUGGAAGAGUAUAUCCAAGAGGCGGUCAAGAACCCAUCUCGCUGGAAUUGCUUCAUAGCUGUGGUCGGCGGAGUGGACACGAUUAGAACGGUGUUGCCAGACGCGCUAGACACUCGAUGCUUCUACGUGGAUGCAGAGACAGAAACAGGAAAAUGUCUAUCAGAUUCUCUGCGUGCGCGCACUAUGGCGCUCAUCACCGAGACUCUGCGGUACGCGUCCGACUUGGAGGCUAGGAUGGGCAUCGGCCAAUGGACAGGGCUGAUCCGGCACGACGACAACAGUGCUCGGGUUGGGUGGAACGCAGAAAUGGCAACUCUCAUUUUCAUCAAACACUAUGGUAUCGUUAUUGACACGGAAGGUCUGCAGCUUAACUUCAGACCUGAAGUGGUUGUCAGAUUCGAAGGUGAUUUCUCUCCCCAAUUUCUGCUCGCGGACAAUGUUUCUCGUUUCUUCCCACCUGUGAAGUUCAACCACACGGGAGUUGAUUGCCUUGGAUCAAACAAAGAAGCACGUUUU